ACCAUUUCGUAAUCAUCCAAGUCAAUGGUUAGAACAGGUGCCUCUAAAAUCUCGAUCUCAUCAACAGAGCUGUUCGGGAUUGAAGAUAUCAUACCACCAUCCUCGCGCGGUCCGGUCUCGCUCUCGAGAGUGCUCUGUUCUGCCACCUUCCGCGAUGGAAACAGAGAAAUCUCACGAUCAAGCGCCGGAACACUUGGUCCCGCCUCAGCAUUCCAUUGCGACAAUUUUGAGAAACUUGCCUACAAAAUAGGCCGUGGUCGUGGAUCCAGAGGUGGAAGGAACUCCAGUCCACCAUUGGACAGAUUUGAGUACCGGCCUAUUUUGCAGGCAAGUUUCUCAGAGUUGUCGCAAUGGAAUGCUGAGGCGGGACCAAGUGUUCCGGCGCUUGAUCGUGAGAUUUCUCCUUUUCCAUCGCGGAAGGUGGCAGAACAGAGCACUCUCGAUAGCGAGACCGGACCGCGCGAGGAUGGUGACGGAAGCGACUUAUGGGAGGAUUAUCUAAUCCUUCCGGACAGUCCUGACUCGACCCUUCCCGGGUUUGGAACCAUUAUUAAUCCGGUAGUGGUGUCUGAUGUUGAGGAUCAAGUUGUUCCAAAUGAACCGGUGAUAUCGCCCAUGGUGCCAUCGUUCGAUUAUCCAUCCCUCCCGGACGAUCCACUUGCAGCAUUUUUGCGGGAGAAUGAUACUAUCAGACGGGGAGAGACUCCGAGGGCUGAUACAGAGGCGCUUGUGACUCCAACACCGGCACAGUGGAAACCGUAUUGCUACACAUGCGGUGAAGUGGACCAUUACCCGAGGUGGUGUCAAUUUUACCGUCCGUAUGAAGAUCCGGUGAUCCGAUGUACACUAUGUAAUGAGGUUGGGCACUAUGCUAGUGAAUGUCCAAUGGUCAUGGUGGGGCCAUCGGACGCAACGACUCGGCAAAUUGCUCCUGCAACGACUCAAGCAUCCACAUCUACUGUCGUAGAAGACUACUGGUCUAGGGUAGGAUGUCCGUGUAGGAAAUGUAGGUAUAGAUAUGAGUGAUCCAUAGUGGGUCUAAGGCGAAUGUAUGUAGGGUGUUAACCCUUUCUUUUAGUAAAAUAGUGGCUUUAGA